AUGCGUAGCCUCUUGAUUUGUCUCAUCCUAACAUUUUCCUUCCCUUCCAUCACAAAUUCUUGCUUCUUUACUCCACGAUGGGAGAUGUAUAUUAUUAAUGGUACUCCUGAUAAUGUUAUUAUGCAUGUUAGAUCAAAAGAUGAUGAUCUCGGUAAGCAUAAUGUCACUUCAAAUGGUUAUUAUCAUUGGUCAUUUUGUGAUAGACUUGAUAGCACCACAACAUUUGAUGCUGAGUUUUGGUGGGGUAAAUCAUAUGAUUGCUUGGAAGCUUUUUCUAAACUUGCGCGAAGAACGUGCGAUAGGUUUGGAGGGAUUGGAUAUCGUGUUGUUUAUUGUUAUUGGCUAUUAAGAUCCGAUGGAUUUUAUAUAUCUCUAGUGAAUGUAUCAUUCCCUAAUCCAUCAUGGGCGUUUGUUAAACCUUGGGGUUCAGGUGGAACACUUUGUAGUAUGCAUAUAGUAUCGAAUAAAGCAUGA